ACUCUGGGAGUGUUGAUAUUUUCCAGUCAGUCCGGCUGACAGUGUUCAGGUUGGGAGUCUGGAGAGGAGGCAUUUUUAUUAUUGUGCACGGGGCAGGCCACGCUGUCCUUUCGCACUACCCACGCCUGGGAGUCAAAGCCUCAGGGAGAGAAGUGAAGAGCAGGACGGGGCCGAAGACAAGAAAGGCUGCGAACGAGGGGGCCGACUUUGACUGAAAUCCGAGACGGAGGACACAGGAGGGCGAACGGUCGUCUCUGAUUGGCCCCUGGGCGUCGUCGAGGGCCCACGCAGCAGCUUCGAUUGGUUGGUGUCCGCAGUUGUUGUGGCGGCGGCGGCGAUUUUGCUCACGUACUUCCGAGCGAGGGGCGGGGCUGUGCCCUGGCGCGCGUGCGCAGCGCCCGGGGGACCCCACCCGGUAGCCCAACAACUUGCGAGAGGGAGGGGCGAAGGGGUACUUGUUUUGGUUCUGUUUCCUUUGAAGCAGAAGGCCGGAACGAGCGUAGCAAUAAACUUGCUGGACUGGGAGAGAAGGCUACGACAAACUCGCUGCGGUUCCUUCAUCUUGGACUUCACAUCCGGGUUCUCCUCCCGGCGUGACCCGCUCGCUGCCGACGGUUCUGGAACCGGUGCCUCGAUCCCUUUAUCCGCGUCUCGCUGUUCCCGUCGUGCUUCGCGCACUACAGUAGCCCCCUCAUCCGGGUUCUCUCCCGGCGUGCUGCGCGCCGGGUUUGCUGGGGGGUCCUCGGCGGUGCCGCCAUGACUAUUCUCCCCAAAAAGAAGCCACCGCCUCCCGACGCCGACCCGGCCAACGAGCCGCCGCCGCCCGGGCCGCUGCCCCCGGCGCCGCGGCGCGGCGGGGGUGUGGGCGUGGGCGGCGGUGGCACGGGCGUGGGCGGCGGCGACCGCGACCGUGACUCUGGCGUCGUGGGGGCCCGUCCCCGAGCAUCGCCACCGCCCCAGGGUCCGCUACCGGGGCCGCCGGGCGCUCUUCACCGCUGGGCGCUCGCGGUGCCGCCCGGCGCAGUGGCGGGUCCCCGGCCACAGCAGGCCUCUCCGCCUCCCUGCGGGGGUCCUGGUGGUCCCGGCGGCGGUCCUGGUGACGCGCUGGGCGCAGGAGCGGCGGGUGUGGGGGCGGCGGGCGUGGUGGUGGGCGUGGGUGGUGCCGUAGGCGUGGGUGGCUGCUGCUCGGGGCCCGGGCACAGCAAGCGGCGGCGUCAAGCUCCCGGGGUUGGUGCGGUUGGUGGGGGUAGUCCAGAGCGUGAGGAGGUUGGCGCAGGGUACAACAGUGAAGACGAGUACGAAGCAGCUGCAGCGCGCAUCGAGGCCAUGGACCCUGCCACUGUCGAGCAGCAGGAGCACUGGUUUGAAAAGGCCCUACGAGACAAGAAAGGCUUCAUCAUCAAGCAAAUGAAGGAGGAUGGCGCCUGUCUUUUCCGGGCUGUAGCUGACCAGGUGUAUGGAGACCAGGACAUGCAUGAGGUUGUGCGAAAGCACUGCAUGGACUAUCUGAUGAAGAAUGCUGACUACUUCUCCAACUAUGUCACAGAGGACUUCACCACCUACAUCAACCGGAAGCGGAAAAACAACUGCCAUGGCAACCACAUUGAGAUGCAGGCCAUGGCGGAGAUGUACAACCGUCCUGUGGAGGUGUACCAAUACAGCACAGAACCCAUCAACACAUUCCAUGGGAUCCAUCAAAACGAGGAUGAACCCAUCCGUGUCAGCUACCAUCGGAAUAUCCACUAUAAUUCAGUGGUGAAUCCUAACAAGGCCACCAUUGGUGUGGGGCUGGGCCUGCCAUCAUUCAAACCAGGGUUUGCAGAGCAGUCCCUGAUGAAGAAUGCCAUAAAAACAUCGGAGGAAUCAUGGAUUGAACAGCAGAUGCUGGAAGACAAGAAACGGGCCACAGACUGGGAGGCCACAAAUGAGGCCAUUGAGGAGCAGGUGGCUCGGGAAUCUUAUCUGCAAUGGCUGCGGGAUCAGGAGAAACAGGCCCGCCAGGUUCGCGGCCCUGGACAGCCCCGGAAAGCCAGUGCCACAUGCAGUUCGGCCACAGCAGCAGCCUCCAGUGGCCUGGAGGAGUGGAGCAGCCGGUCCCCACGGCAGCGGAGUUCAGCCUCAUCCCCUGAGCACCCUGAGCUGCAUGCUGAGCUGGGCAUCAAGCCCCCUUCCCCAGGCACUGUCUUAGCUCUUGCCAAACCUCCUUCGCCCUGUGCUCCAGGUACAAGCAGUCAGUUCUCGUCAGGGGCUGACCGGGCUACUUCCCCACUCGUGUCCCUCUACCCUGCUCUGGAGUGCCGGGCCCUCAUUCAGCAGAUGUCCCCCUCUGCCUUUGGUCUGAAUGACUGGGAUGACGAUGAGAUCCUAGCAUCGGUGCUGGCAGUGUCCCAACAGGAAUACCUAGACAGUAUGAAGAAAAACAAAGUGCACAGAGACCCACCCCCAGACAAGAGUUGAUGGAGACCCAGGGACUGGAUGCCAUCUCCUAACCCCUCCACUCCUGCCCUCUGGUGCCACCCCACCUUUGUCUUUCUUCCCUCUUGCCUUCUUCCCUUCUCCCCUCUUUUCCCUUCUCCCCACUUCCCUCUGGCUGGCCCACCCCUGCACUCCCUCUCAUCGCUGCCACCACUACCUUUCUCUCCACCAGCUGAUGUGCCCUGUUGCCCCCCGCUCAGCACCAUCCCUGCAUUCCACAGGGGACUCGGGCAAGGGUGCCGAAGGUAGACGAGAGGCACACAGAGACAAACCAACCGGCAGCCAGGCAGCCCCAGAGGAGAGAGACAUUCAGACAGGAAAGUCUCCCUGCCCCCCAUUCCUUCCAGAUCAGGAAAACUUCACUGCCUCCCCCCCCACAAUGAUGCCAGGGAGGUGGGAGGAAGAAGUGGGAAAUUUCCCUUCCCAGUACCCCAAGAAUAUCUGAGCUUUCAAUUUUGAUUUUUUUCUUUAUUAAAAUGUACUUUUAUCUCAUGAAAUCAACCAAUCAAAAAUGACGUAGACGACAGCAUUGACUCUGUGAAGGCGGCAUCCCUCUGGUUUGGGGGCAGGCAGGCCAUGGGGCAUGGAGGGGGCACAAAGAUGUGAGUUGCUGUCUUCUGGCCUCCAUCCCCGUGGAGGUGGGCAGAGGGUGUGAGCUGGGGCAGGGGAUGGGGGUGGCCGGUGUCAGAUGGGCUUUGGACAAUGAAACCCUGACCUUGCUGCAUUCCUUUUGCUUCCACCACCACCACCAGUCUCUCUGGAAUUUUGGGGGAUCAUGGCCGCCACCCAGGAUUUGAGUGUAGGGAGUGGGAGCAGCCUCCGCAGAUGGGGCACCCGUGCCCUGCAGGUGUUAACAAGUUCUACCAUCUGUAAUGUCCUUGGCACAAUAAAACCAAAUGUCAGUGUC